GUGGUCUGCUAGGCAGUUUGCGUUAAGUCGUCGCCCAAUGUGCAAGUUAAAAAGUUGAGAGCGCAUGCGCGGCGGAAACAGAAACGCGGGAAAAUAUUCUGACGCAAACAUUUGGCGGAAUGUUUUGCGAUAAUGUGAUUUUAUGAUACAUUCGAUUAAAAUGUUUAUGUUGAGUGCGGAUUUAUAGCCCUGGACUGUAAACUGACGCAUCGCAUUGUGAUGUUAAAUUAAAUUGGAAAUUUUAUUUUUCACGCAAAGCAAAUUUUAUUUAUACACAAUGAAACUCCCAGAUCCCUUACGGUUAGUGGGAAGGGUGUUCCCAAUUCUGCAGUGGUCGAAGACAUACGACCUGAGGACAGCAAUCGGGGACUUAAUUGCCGGGAUCACGGUGGCUCUUACACUGAUACCGCAGUCAAUAGCGUACGCGUCGCUUGCCGGAUUCGAACCGCAGUACGGGUUGUAUGCGUCGUUGGUCGGUGGAUUCGUGUACGGGGUGAUGGGGACAUGCCCUCAGAUUAACAUCGGUCCCACAGCAUUACUGUCACUCCUAACAUUCACCUAUACGAACGGUACUAAUCCAGACUUCGCCGUGCUGCUGUGUAUCAUCGCUGGUAUUGUCCAGUUGUUUGCUGGGGUUGCACAACUUGGUUUUCUGGUCGAUUUUGUAUCGCUCCCCGUAGUCUCUGGUUUUACAUCAGCCGCCGCGAUCACCAUAGCGUCGUCGCAAAUCAAAGGGCUUUUAGGGCUUCGAUUCAGUGCGGAAACGUUUCUAUCCACGUGGAAAGGAUUGUUCGAGCAUAUCGGCGAAACAAGGAUGCAGGACACUCUGCUCAGUCUGGCGUGUUGCAUCGUGCUAAUGGGUAUGAAGGCGUUAAAAGAAAUAAGAUUCAAAGAGGUGCGUGACGAAAAAAAUCACCGAAGCACUAGAUUUCUGCAAAGAUUCUUGUGGUUCGCUGGUGUUUCUAGAAAUGCUGUCGUUGUUGUUCUCGCCGCUGUGUUAGCUUUCAUGGUUCAUGAAGAUAAAGGAGAUCCUCUUAUAUUAACCGGUAAGAUAACACCCGGCCUACCAACACCCGAAGUGCCGACGUUCCACACAGUGGUGGGCAACACUACGUACACCGCUGGCGACAUGUUCUCCCAUCUCGGCUCGGGUCUGCUCGUCGUGCCGCUGGUCGGUAUCAUAUCUAACGUCGCCAUCGCUAAGGCUUUUGCUCGAGGGAAAACGUUGGACGCGACUCAGGAGAUCAUCGCUUUGGGCGCUUGCAACCUAGUCAGCGCUUUCUUCCGCUCGUUCCCAGUGAACGGCUCGUUCACACGCAGCGCUGUAAGCGAAGCGUCGGGAGUGAGGACACCGGCAGCUGGCUUUUACACGGGUGUGAUAGUGCUGCUGACGCUGGCGCUGCUGACGCCGUACUUCUACUUCAUCCCGCGCGCCGCGCUCGCCGCCGUGAUCGUGUGCGCCGUGCUGCACAUGGUCGACACCGACAUACUCAAGAAACUAUGGCACACCAACAGGUUGGAUCUAAUUCCCCUACUCGGUACAUUUGCGUGUUGCCUCGCGCUGAGCAUCGAGGUGGGGUUAAUAUGCGGUGUGGGGAUUGAUAUGUUGCUGCUACUCUACUACAAUUCCAGGCCUCCGCUUGAUAUUAAAUACGUUGACGAUGGCAUCUUACCACCACAUUACGCUAUAAAUCUUGUGGGAAGUUUCAAUUUCGCUGGAGCUGAAAGGGUUCGAUCCAAAGUAGCUGAUUUAAAAAAUCCUAAUAACAAAGUGCUUCAAGCAGCUACUUUGGAAACGUUAACAAUUAUACCAGAAGGUGGAACUCCAAACGGUAACCAUGGUAACGCGGUGAUAAUCGGCGAUAAUGUUGCCAAUGGUAACAAUCUGGGAGUGAAUGUUGUGAGAUCCAGCAAUGUGUUGGUGAUGCACUGCGACGCUUUGUAUAGGCUGGACUAUACGUUUUUGCAGAGUGUAAAAAUGUUGGUGAAGGAAUGGUCACAGGGUGGUAGAGUGUUGUGGUGCAACGCGUCGCCUAAAGUCAAGGAGCAGCUUGUGAAUAUCCUGCAGGAACCAAUAUUCUGCGACAGUGAGCAGCUAAGAAUACUGCUGACAGGUGCUGUGAUAGAAGACCAACAAGCGGGUAAUGUUAAUGAUACACCACUUUAAUUAGUUUCCAUUGUUGCAACGUACAAUUAGUUUUUCUCUUGCCUGUCUUUUAUUGUGAACUUAAUUAAACACAAAAAACUGAAUAAAACCUCUGUUUGUGUAAUUGCUUUGUAUAUAUCUUUACUAUAUAUUCGUAUUAAUUGUUAAAAAUCCGUUAUUAGUUGAUUCCACUUGCCCAAUCAUCUAUUAUGAAGGACAGGUAAGAAGAACACGUAUUGUAGAUUUCUGAUAAUGUGUGAUCAGUUCGAAUUAAAUGUGCAAUACUUGGUAUUAUAAUUAUUUUAAUUAGGUAUUUAAUGAUUGUUAAGGCGUCUAUAUUGAAUUGUGUUUUUGUUAUUAUUAUAUUGAUGUUAGAAUAACGUGUGUUCCUAGACAUUUAUGUUAUUAUCUGUCGGUAAUUUUUGGGACCAGCAGGAAUGCGAACACUGUCUGCGUCGCCAUCGCACUCCAUUUUAUAUAUAGUAGUAUUGUAAUUAACAAGAUGUAAUACUUGUAUAAUGAAAUAGCCCAAGAUGUAAUAGCCCUGUACUAUAUACUGCUGAGCAUGGGUUUCCACUACUACUAAGAAGGUAAGGCCUUAGUCUACCACGGUGGCCUAUGGCGAGUUGCUAAUUUUUAUAUAUUGUGCCAAAAAAAAUAUAAACUGAACUAAGCCCCUUUUCAGAUAGAAUAGCUUCAACGCGCGUUAACCGCGUGCUAAUAUUUGCAUAUAUCGAUCAAAAUACAUACAAAGUAAGUGUUCUCUGAGGUCUCUGUUUUACUAAAGUUUGUCACAUCAACGGGGACUUAGUCAAUAUCGCAACCAGCUUUAAUGCAUUUUUAUUUGAUUUCCUUUCGAUACAUUGCAUUUCUAAAUAAAUAAAAUAACACGUCGAUUUACAAUUUUUAUUUUUUAGACAAAAUGUAUUGAAACGUUACUGACUUAGUUAUUUGUUUUACGUGACAUGUGUGAGUUUAUCUCAAGUCCUUAUAGUUUACAUGUUUAUAUUAUUCUGUAUAAACAAAGCGGUUUUUAAGUCAAAAUAUUAUGAUUGAUGUGGUAAUUUGUUUUGUUAAUAGUAACAAAGAAUAUAAACUUAGUAAACGUUUUUUAAUAAAAUAUAAUAUAUUAUAAUUAGAUUCUGUUUUGGAAACCCCUUCAAUUAUGCAAGGUAAUAUUAAAAUAUUAAAAAAAUAGUUUCAAGCAAGAUAUAGUAUGAAUUAUGAGUGUCUGUGUGGUAUUUGAAUAUGGUUAUUUUUUUGUUAAAGAUUCCGUCCUUAAUGUAUAUAUUAGAACGUAUUCCAUAGUAUUAAGGUUUCAUAUGUUACAAAUUAAUUUGAUUGUGAUAAUUAAAUAACGUUGUUUUAUUACCAACAUAAUAAUUACAAAUAUCUUUGAAUUAGUUUCAAAGUCCCUUACACCAGGGUAAUAGUCACAAAGUAAUAACCUCAUUAAAAUAUACAAUAUUAUAGCUGUUAACCGUAUUAAUUACUCGAAUGAGUGUUAUUGAGUAAUUGUAACCAGUUUGAGUAUUUAUUGUACUCUAUCUGGAUUCCACCCCACUUACCACCAAGUGCAGUGCUCACUAUGCCGAGCGAGAAAAAAAUGGCGAAAUUCUAGUAAAAUAAUAAUUGAUCUUGAUUAUUCGAUUAAGAUUUCUUAUUGCAAGAUACAAUUGCCAUCAGAUUGUAUUAUUUAUUAUAUUAUUAUACAUGAUUAGGUUUAUAAAAAUAGCUAUUUAUGUCACAUGAGGUAAAUGAACAGUUGUUUGUAUAGAAAAUAAAUAAUUCCAUGUACAUAAUAAGAAAAUGUGAAUUAUGCAAUGGUAUGAAUAAAGUCAAUUGUAAAUUUAAAAA